AGGGAAACAAAGCCCAGCCAUCCUGGCUCUCUGUAUGCCUUUGGAAUCAGUGCAGGGGCUCGCCACUGUCGCAAGUUUGGUCAUACCAAAUUUUCAAAGCAGCCUGAGUACACUGAGUCUGAGUCACGUGGAAGUGACCAUGACCUACUGGGCCUUGCUUCCCUUGCAUGGGCUCUAAUUAUGUCAAGGUUGCCCAUGGAAAUUAUUAAGGAGUUUGCUGAUGGGCUGAAGAACAGUGGUGUUCCUGCCCUUUUCUCACCCUCAAUUGAAAGUGGUUCCAAAGGAUACUAUUUCCCCUUUCGUGGUAAACUUUAUUGCUUUCAUGAUAAGCCCCAUCCACCACCAGAAAUAUAUUAUGCACAAAAUUAUACUGCGUAUGUGAUGCUUCCCUGGCUAUGA